AUGGACUUUUGGUCGCGCCUGAUAGCUGGCACUUCCCUUGCCUCGGGGGGCAACAAAGCGGCCGCCAAUAACCCAGAGAAGCGUCUGGCACGCUUCAAAAAGGAAUACAGCCAGCUGCUGCAAACGUGGCGUGGGGCGUCUAAUCUGGCCAAAGACUAUGAAGCUGCUGAGAACAUUCGGAGUAGUCUCCAAGAGCUUACCACAAUCCUCUCCGAUGAAUCAAGACGACCAUUACCGCACCCAUGCAUUACUUUUGCAUCCUCGAAGCAAAUCUACAUCUCCGUAGGAAAGAUUGCUACAACCUCCGCCAGCGAAGCGAUAAUUCGAGAAGGCGUGGGCUUCUUCGCGACUCUGAUUGACAGCGAGGAGGAAGACUUCGUGGAGAACCAUAUCUUUUCGAGUAGUUUGAUGAACCUGUUGGUACGGAUUACGGGGGCAAAUAGCAUUCGUUUGGGUUCUGAUACGGAGGUUGAAGUGGUUGAGUUGUCGUUCAACAUUACUACGAAAAUAAGGCUGGACCCCGAGAUAUUACCUGCUUGGUUCACGGCCAGGCAACGUGAUGAUGCUUCGGAUAGUGGCGACGACGCACAUGAGAAGUUUACUGGGAAGACGCACAAGGAGGAUUUCCCACUGUUCUAUCUCUUGAUAGAUUACAUACAUCACGAAGGAAGGAUCGGAGACUUUGCGAGGACGGGACUGCUGUAUAUCAUUGAAGCAGCUUCUAAUUCUGUGGCUCUGGAGCAGUGGAUAGUUGAGAGCGAUCUUGCGACCCUCAUGGCGACAGGACUGGGAGCAUUAUACAGUCAAUUGAGUCGGAAAUUGGUAAUCGAUUUUCCUCCUGGGCAAUUGCCUCCGAUUCUGGCACUUUCCGACUAUCAACAUCCUAUCACGACUACCGAGAUUGUAAGUUCUGCAUCGCCCGAUUUUCAAGGCCACGUGGAAACAUUCUUGUCACAUAUGGUGUUCUGGCAGGAUGUUUUGAACCACUGCAAAUCCGUUGAGGUAAAGCAGACCCUCCUAGAACACUUUCAAGUGAUCUUCCUCCAGCAAUUAUUGUACCCAUCACUUCUUGAGUCCUCCGAUGUAGAUGGAGGAUCAUCAGUUGCUGUUCUCACGUACCUUCGCCGAAUACUUGAGUCCUUAGAUCAUCCAGAUAUGAUUCAUCUGAUCCUUCAUUACCUACUCGCUCUUCCAGAUACAACCACUACACCCUCUGGAACUCGAGCAUCUGUUAGUGCGGCCAGGAAACGGAAGUCUCUGGAUCUCGCAACUAUGAUGGCCCCACAGAUCGAGCUCGCAUCAACUCCAGCCCUAUUCAAUCUUGUUGAUCUUAUACAAGCGAGUCUAAAGUCCGAAAGCCAGCAGACCAUCUCUGUAACCUUACAACUCAUCUCGGUCAUCUUGAGGCGGCAUCAUCGGUAUGCUGUAACGACGCUUUUGUGGACGACUCAGGUGUUGUCUGAGGACCCACAGCGGACCAUUGGGGCUCACGAUAAGGAAAUGGACUUUUUGUUGUCACUCGCUGGAAGUGUUGGAGGUGAGGACAAUUUUGAAGAAGCUUACGAAAACCACGUGAAGGAUAGCAUGAGUGCAUUGGAAAGUCACUUGUGCUCGAUUUCUCUAAUUGCACCAAAGUCUAUUGGUGGAAGCUCGAAAUUCCCUGGGUCACAAGCAACAAUCCCAGGCGCGCCUCGGGACAUUCGCUCCCAUACGCUGAGGCCUGAGGACCCUAUGCUAAAAACACUUAUCAGUAUAUUUGCAACUUUCUUCACGAAUUCAGUAGAAACAAAUCUAUCUCUUACUGGGGUUGUCGUUGACUUGGCUACAUGUGGUUUUAUGCGCAUAGACGGCUGGUUACUUCCUGACCAGUCCAAGUAUAUUUACGAAGAAGAUGAGGAAGCGGAGGAUCCUUACUUCAUGAAUCUUGGCGAUCCCAUCGAAGUUGAAGAGAAGGCUCAGAUGCGAGAGAUGAAAAAGAUGCGCAAAACGCCAAAAUGGGCCGAGUCGCAGAUACCAAGUUUCCUUACCCAAUUGAACACCCUAGUCGACCAAGUAUCGACUUACCGCUCCGAUAUACCCCGUUUCGACGAGCUAUUACAACAACGGCGGGAUGCUUUUCAAGCCACCUCGUCCGCUACGGCAACACCAAUUCCAAUCCACCAGCCUCCGCCCCGCUCCAGUUUGGAAUCAUCAUCUCGCUCCUCAUCACCCCCAAGAAAGUCAGGCUUCGACUCCCUCGCGCAACGGAUCUUCCCAGAAUUCGGCACGCCUUCUCGCUCCAAAUCUCCCCGCGGUCGUCGCAGUGGCCAAGAACGCAGUCCUAGUGGAAUCAACGGUGGCUAUGGAUUUGCUACCCCAACGAGCUCAAGAAAUCCUGUACCUCCUGCGCAGUUUCCUAUGGGACUUGAAAACCCUCCAAGAAGCAGUUCACGCGCUUUCUCACCUAGUCCUUUACGCGAUGCCUCGCAACAACCUAGCGUACCUGCAAGUCAAGCUGCCGCUUUCGCAGCAGUAGACCAAAGCAUCCUGGCGAGGAAAGUAAGCUUGCCAGCCCCCAAAGGAGUACUCUCCCCAAUACCAUUCCCGGAUCUAAGAGUUUCGGAUGCUGAAAGUAGCAAAGAAGGUAGUGUUCAAGACACGGAUGACUCUAGUGUCAAAGGGGGCGAGAAAGAACAAGAGCAGAAGCUGGUUACUGUGAGCCAUGUGUUGACAAAUGUCCUGGUAUUGCAGGAAUUUUUGCUAGAGUUGGCGGCGCUGGUGCAGGUCAGGGCGGGGUUGUUUGGGGAGGUUAGAUAUGUUUAG